GAUGCCAGUAUUUUUCCAGGUAAUCAUCUUUGCUUGGCUGAAUGUUCCUCAGAUUCAUGGAAGAAGCAAUGGCCUAGCAAAGAUUCAGCUGACAUGAGUUGGCUGAAUAAAGGAUCAGCUGAUGCAUCAUUUAAUUGGAUGCAGAUUCAGCGAUCCAUCGAUUUCGUUGCGUGA